AUGAAUUUCGAAAACUACGAUGAGCUGCUCGAGGACGUAUUGAUUCCCUUCGCCGAGAACGUCAUUCCAGAAGACUUUGUAUUUCAGCAAGAUAAUGCCGCGAUACGUGUCAGCAAGAGGACUAUGAAGUGGGUUUCAGAGCGGGACGUCAAUCGGGCAAAAAAGGUCAAAGGACAAAGGGUCAAAGGAUAUAAGGUCGAAGGACAAAAGGUCAAAGUACUAAAGGUCAAAGAACAAAAGGUCGAAAAACAAAAGAUCGAAGGACAAAAGGUCGAAGGACAAAAGGUUGAAGGACAAAAGGUCGAAGGGCAAAAGGUCGAAGGAAGAAAGGUCGAAGGAAAAAGGUCGAAGGACAAAAUGCCGAAGGACAAAAUGUCGAAGGACAAAAUGCCGAAGGACAAAAUGUCGAAGGACAAAAUGUCGAUGGAGAAAAGGUCGAAGAACAAAAGCGCUAAGGACAAAAGGUUGAAUGAUAAAAGUUCAAAGGACAAAAGGUCAAAGGACAAAAGGUCAAAGGACAAAAGUUCAAAGGACAAAAGGUCAAAGGACAAAAGGUCAAAGGACAAAAGGUCAAAGGACAAAUCGUCAAAGGACAAAAAGUCGAAGGACAAAAUGUCAAAGGACAAAAGGUCGAAUAACAAAAGUUUAAAGGACAAAAGAUCGAAGGACAAAUGUUCGAAGGACAAAAGGUAG